AUGAGUGUGGACAAGGAGAUGUUCUCCGAGGUGAGCGUCGAUGCAAACGCCCAGGAUGACUGGGACAUGCAGCGCUUGGGGAAGACCCAGCAGUUCAAGAGAAACUUCCGAUUUUACUCGAUCUUGGGCUUCACCACAACGUUGAUGGCGACAUGGGAGUCUAUCUUGCUGACAAGCACCUACGGUCUGACCGACGGCGGACGAGCCGGCAUGGUCUACGUUUACAUUGGCUCUUUUGUGGGGUUCUUCUCAGCUGUCAUCUCCAUGGCUGAGAUCUCUUCCAUCUCCCCUACCUCCGGUGGACAGUACCACUGGGUGAGUGAAUUCGCCUGGCCCCGAUACCAGCGGUUCCUCAGUUAUCUCACCGGAUGGCUUUCGGUGCUGGGCUGGCAGGCCGCCUUCGCCAGUAUUUGCUACCUGGUCGGUACAUUGAUUCAAGGACUGCUGGUAUUCAACUACUCGGACCCCAACGGUUGGGUCUAUGGCUACGAGCGCUGGCACGGCACUCUCCUCACCAUCGCCAUCGCCGCCGUCGGAACCGUGGUCAACACCUGGGGUUACAAGAUCUUGCCGCCCAUGGAGGGCCUGAUUUUGGCAAUUCACAUCUUUGGUUUCGUUGCUGUCCUGGUCCCCAUGUGGGUGAUGUCUCCUGGGAAGGCCACGGGCCAGGAAGUCUGGAAGGAAUUCACCAACUCGGGUGAAUGGCCGAGUAUGGGCCUGGCAUGCUUGGUGGGCCAGUUGACCCCGAUCUUUUCCUGGACGGGACCGGAUGCCGCGACGCACAUGGCCGAGGAGAUCCAGAACGCCGCCUGGGUCGUGCCAUGGUGCAUGGUCUCGACCGCAUUGAUCAACGGAGGACUCGGAUUCGUGAUGCUCAUCACGUUGUUAUACAAGAUGGGCCCACUGGCGGAUGUUCUUGCUCCUGCAAGUGGCUUCUCUUUCCUGCCUGCCGUCAACCACGCCACUGGGUCGGUCGCUGCCACUAACGGAGUGGCCGCGAUCAUCCUCAUUCUCGAGACCUGCAGUGCCAUCGGUAUCCUGGCCACUGUCUCACGUCAGACCUUUGCCUUUGCCCGUGACGACGCCCUGCCUUUCUCGAAGCAUUUGGCCCAUGUGAACCGCCGGACCCAGAUCCCCGUCUGCUCAGUGCUGGUAUCCACCAUCAUCACGGUGCUGUUGAGUUUGAUCAACAUUGGAUCCACUGCGGCCUUCAACGCUGUUGCAUCCGUCAUGAUUGCCGCUCUUUUCACCACUUACAUUUUGCCGAUUGCGGCUAUCAUCCGCACUCGCUUCCAGCCAGGCGGCAUCCCCCCUUCGCGCUUCUCACUUGGUGCCUUUGGCUUGGCUAUCAACGUGUUCGCCCUCCUUUGGUUGUGCUUUGCCAUCAUUUUCACUUUCUUCCCGACCGCCAACUACCCGACUCUUGUGGAUAUGAAUUGGUCUAUCCUGGUGUUUGGCGCGGUUGUCAUUUUCGCCAUCGUCUUGUACAUUUUCCAUGGCCGCCAUGUGUACCGGUCCCCAGUGACUCAGGUCCGUAAGGUGGAGUAA